CGGAAGCGCCAGCCGGGAGCGGUACCCAGGCUGCGGCAGCGGCCAACGCGCGCGCGGACCCCGGGGCGGCUCGGGCCGGGCCGCAUGAGCGCCUGCCUGCCCGGCGAGCCCUCGGGCCCCGGAGGCGCCGCCAUGGCCGAGCUCAAGUCGCUGUCGGGGGACGCGUACCUGGCGCUGAGCCACGGCUACGCGGCGGCGGCUGUGGGCCUCGCCUACGGGGCGGCCCGGGGGCCCGAGGCGGCCCGCGGCUACGGCGCGCCGGGCCCGGGCGGCGACCUCCCCGUGGCGUCCGCUCCCCGAGCUCCGGCCGCGGCGGCCGAGAGCAGCGGCGAGCAGAGCGGCGACGAGGAUGACGCCUUCGAGCAGCGGCGGCGACGGCGCGGGCCCGGGGGCGCGGCGGACGGGCGGCGGCGGCCCCGGGAGCAGCGCUCGCUGCGGCUGAGCAUCAAUGCGCGGGAGCGGCGGCGCAUGCACGACCUCAACGACGCGCUGGACGGGCUGCGCGCCGUCAUCCCCUACGCGCACAGCCCGUCGGUGCGCAAGCUCUCCAAGAUUGCCACGCUGCUGCUCGCCAAGAACUACAUCCUCAUGCAGGCACAGGCCCUGGAUGAGAUGCGGCGCCUCGUGGCCUACCUCAACCAGGGCCAGGGCUUGGCCGCUCCGGUGGCCGCCGCGCCCCUGACGCCCUUUGGCCAGGCUGCCGUGUACCCCUUCUCCGCCGGCGCCGCGCUGCCCUGCCCAGACAAGUGCGCCGCCUUCUCCGGGACGCCCUCGGCGCUUUGCAAACACUGUAACGGGAAGCCGUAA